CAGUGGCUUUACUGGAGUUCAAAGUAGUCAAACGUUGCACCAUCAUUAGAUGUCCGAUCACUUACCUCUCCACAGCACAACCAAGGUAGAGGAACAGCGACGUCAGGCCUUCACGAAUCACAAAAUGGCAGAAGAAGCAGCUUACUUGCAAAAGCUCAAGUCUAUUCCCAAGGCUACAUUCCUCUUCGGACCCUCUCCAAUCCAGCACCUACCCCGCCUCACAGAAUCUCUGGGCUCCAAAGUCCAGAUCUAUGCCAAACGCGACGACUGCAACUCUGGUCUCGCUUAUGGCGGAAACAAAGUCCGAAAACUCGAAUAUCUCGUCGCAGAUGCAUUGUCCAAGAAUAGCACACAUCUCGUCUCCGUUGGCGGAGUGCAAUCCAAUCACACUCGUGCCGUGACUGCUGUUGCCACAGCUUCAGGUCUGAAAGCCGUCACUGUCCAGGAGAAAUGGGUUCCAAUCGAUCCUCCACUUUACGACAAGACAGGAAACAUUCUCCUCUCUAGACUGAUGGGCGGAGAUGUGAGAUUGAACAACGAAGGCUUUCACAUCGGCCACAAAACUGCCACGCAGGAAGCUUUCGCCGAGAUUGAGAAGAAUGGCGGCAAGCCUUACUACAUCCCGGCAGGAGCAAGUGAUCACGAACUGGGAGGCUUGGGUUUCACGAACUUUGUCGUUGAGUUGGCAGAGCAAGAAAAGACUCUCGGACUCCCCUUCUUCGACACUUUAGUCGUCUGCUCUGUGACAGGUUCCUCCCACGCAGGUCUCAUUGUCGGUGCCGUCGCAGAGGGUCGCGGGAGAAAGGUCAUCGGAAUCGACGCGAGUGGCAAACCAGCUGAGACUAAAGCCCAAGUCACCAGAAUUGCGAGAAAUACUGCGAAGCUUUUGGACGAGAAGCUGGAGAUCCCAGAUGAGGCUGUCAUUCUGGAUGAGAGGUUCCAUGAAGGAAUCUAUGGCAUUCCCGGCCCGAGCACGAUCGAAGCGAUGAAGGUUGCUGCGAGGACGGAUGCUUUGAUCACAGAUCCGGUGUACGAAGGAAAGAGUAUGGCCGGUAUGAUCCAGCUGAUUAAGGAAGGCACGAUCAAGGAGGGCUCGAAUGUGCUAUAUGUGCAUUUGGGCGGGCAGCCGGCAUUGAAUGCAUAUUCGAGCUAUUUUGACUGAGAGUGGCAGACGUGCUAUUUACGAAAUAGAAGAGAAGCAUUCCUCUCUGCUCUCAAAGAGGACAUUUC